UCGACUUUUGGUGUAGCAAGAUGGCUCCAAGCCAUCUGUUAAGUACAUUAAAUCCGUAGUUAUCGCGAAACUUUAUCAUAACGUUUUUUAAAUUUGUAAGUUGUGAUAGAUCUUCUGUAUUUAAUAAGAAAUAAAGCUAUACUCCGCGAUGGGUGUACCAGCAUUUUUCCGAUGGCUCAGCCGAAAAUAUCCCUCAGUAAUUGUGGAAUGCAUCGAGCAAAAGCCGACUGCAGUAAACGGUGUUCGUGUACCAGUUAAUUCGGCCGAUCCUAACCCCAAUGGGGUAGAGUUUGACAAUUUAUAUCUUGAUAUGAAUGGUAUUAUACAUCCUUGUACCCACCCUGAAGACAAACCGGCCCCAAAAAAUGAAGACGAAAUGAUGGACGCUAUUUUUGAAUGUAUCGACAGGUUGUUUGCCAUUGUGAGACCUAGGAAAGUGCUAUACAUGGCAAUCGAUGGCGUUGCGCCUAGAGCAAAAAUGAAUCAGCAACGAUCAAGACGUUUUCGAGCAUCGAAAGAAACUACUGAAAAAAUUACCGAAAUAAGCAGAAUACGUUCAGAGCUAGCCUUGAAAGGUGCAUUUUUGCCUCCAGAAAAGCCUAAAGGAGAUCAUUUCGACAGUAAUUGUAUCACACCUGGUACACCAUUCAUGGCAAGGUUAUCGGCAUGCUUACAUUAUUAUAUCCAUGAACGCCUUAACAAUGAUCCUGGCUGGCGUGGAAUUAAAGUUAUUCUCAGUGAUGCUAAUGUACCUGGAGAGGGAGAGCACAAAAUUAUGGACUUUAUUCGUAAACAGCGAGCUCAACCUGAUCAUGAUCCUAACACACAACACGUAUUGUGUGGAGCUGACGCAGAUUUGAUAAUGUUGGGUUUGGCGACACAUGAACCGAACUUCACCAUUAUCAGAGAAGAGUUCAAACCCAACAAACCCAGACCAUGUGACAUUUGUGGGCAAUUGGGACACGAAAUGAAAGAUUGUACCGGAUCAGAACCAACGACAAAACCGGAUGAAAAUACGUUUGGAUCAGAAGGCGACUUUAUAUUUGUUAGAUUGAAUGUACUUCGAGAAUAUCUAGAACGCGAAUUGCAAAUGCCUAAUUUGCCAUUCAAAUAUGAUUUUGAACGCGCCAUCGAUGAUUGGGUGUUCAUGUGCUUCUUUGUUGGAAAUGAUUUUCUGCCACAUCUUCCCUCACUUGAAAUUAGAGAAGGUGCCAUCGACAGAUUGGUCACUCUGUACAAGAAGACCGUAUACAAAACGGGGGGUUUUCUGACCGACAGUGGUGACGUUAAUCUUGAUAGAGUACAAAUGAUAAUGUCUGAUCUCGGAGAUGUUGAAGAUGAGAUUUUCAAAAAACGACAGCAGAAUGAACUUGCUUUCAAGCAAAGAGAAAAGAAUAAAAAAAGAAGGAUGGAGGCGAUCAGUAAUUACAAACCUAAUUGGGUUCCUGCUGGGCAAUUGGCUCCGACUCCACUGGGACAAUCGACAAAACCUGUCCAGAAUGCCCGACAUGAGGCAUAUCAAAUGCGAAUGCAAGGCAGAAAUUACAGUAGUAAUGCUACUGACCGCGCCUUGAAGAGUACAAGUGCGAGCGAGGCUCUAGAAAGCAUGCUCGUGCCUGAGGGCUCGGGGAACAGAGGGCCGAAACGUAAAGCCGAAGAACAAACUGUGGAAGAAAGUGACGAUGAUCAAGCUCACGAUGAGGUCAGGUUAUGGGAAGAAGGCUUCAAAGAUAGAUACUAUGAAUCCAAAUUUGACGUUUCUGCUGAUAACAUGGCAUUUAGAAACAACGUAGCGUUGCAAUAUGUACGUGGCCUUUGUUGGGUACUUCGCUACUACUACCAAGGUUGCGCAUCUUGGAAAUGGUACUUUCCUUACCACUACGCGCCAUUUGCUAGUGACUUCAUCAACAUAGGUGGCUUAUCUACAGAAUUUGAGAAAGACACGAUUCCUUUUCGACCUCUGGAACAAUUGAUGGGUGUGUUUCCCGCAGCUAGUAGCUCUCAUGUACCUCAACCAUGGGCAAAAUUGAUGCAUGAUCCUAAAUCAACCAUCAUCGACUUUUAUCCGGAAGAUUUUGAGAUAGACUUGAAUGGAAAGAAAUUCGCUUGGCAAGGAGUUGCUCUUUUGCCAUUCGUUGAUGAAAAAAGAUUAUUCAAGGCUCUCGAGCCUUACUACUCAUGUUUGACCGAAGCAGAACUGAAACGCAAUGUACGAGGUGACGACCGAUUAUACGUUAGCGCGGACAACAAGUGUUAUGAUUUUAUAACGGGACUUUACAAAAACAAAGUUGACCCUAACACAGAGACAGAAAUAAGUGUAGAUGGUAUGAGAGGAACUGUUUUAUUGGCCGAAGAUUGCAUCAGUGAAGGUGCAAUGUUGAAUUCACCGAUUGGGGGUCCGCCAGUUCGGGAUAAUAAAGUUUACUGUGUGAGGUUCAGGGAUCCCAAGUACAGCAAAAACUACAUAUUCCCUGCAAAGAGGCUCAAAGGCGCUAUCGAACCUCAAAAAGUUUUGAAGCCUCAAGACUUUGAGCAGAUGAACCGGGGUGGAGGUGGUGGGGGUGGCGGGGGUGGCAAUCAAUGGCGUCCUCAAAUUGGCUUCACACCUGCAACACAGCGUGCAUCCCUUUCGGAAGCAGGUCACCGGACGUUAGGGCAUUACAAUAGAAGUAACAACGGACCACCAGGGCAAUAUGGCUACGUUCCACCGCCGCAGAAUUUAUACCAGCAGAAUCGCGGCUAUCAGAGUGGCUACCAUUCUGGUUCAUCCAACAGCGCUGGUAGUGCCGGUGGUUACGGCGGCGCUACUUCCGGCUCAGGUAACGGCGGCGGAGGCGGGGGCGGCAAUCGCGGUUAUCAGGAUCAACAGAGCGGGCCUUGGGUGAGCGGAUACGGAGCCCACCAAUCGGGGAAUUACCAGCAACGCAACCAUCACCAGAGCCACCAUCACAACCGGCAAAACAAUCGCUCGCACCCUUAUCAGAACAAACCGCAUAAUUCGAACUACCAGAACCCGCAAUGGAACCAUUCCGUGAAUCGUCGUGGUGGCGGGAACGGAGGUAGUGGCGGAUGGAGAGGACGUUAACCCGAUGUUUUCCCGAAUCCUCGCGCAUUGCUGCAGAUAUCGGACGAAACGAUCGUCCAGCUGCGUCGCCCACUAAAUAAUCAAAGAAAUUUACCUUCUACCGCAUUUCAAAAGGUAUAAUAACGACGGAUGUCAUUCUCUUUUUAUUUUUCCUCGAAAAACUUUCGACGCGAUCGUCGGUAAUAUAUUUAUACCUGAUUUACUGAGAAAAAUUAUUUUAUCUGCAAUUUAUAUUGAACAAAUGAUAGACAGUGGUCAACAACGACCGUAACGAUGUACAAUAAAUAAAGAAGAUGAUGAAAAGUAUAGACAAAGAAUACCACGAAGAUAACCGUAUUAUACAUAGAAGAAUAGUACAAUUACGGAAAAAUGACGGCGUUUCUCGUUUUUUAUAAUAAUUACAGUGUUUCAAGCGAAACAACACCGUCUAAUUUAUGUGUAAUCGUUUUUUCGAAUAAAUUUACAAAAACCAUGAACCAUAGAAUGUAUUCUUCGUGCAAUAAUCUCGCCACGAGAGUUUUUGCGAAUUUCGUGCGCAUAAUAUUUUCGCGAUUUAUUACAUCGUGUGUGUGAUCGAUGCGAGAUUUCAAAUCCUGUUAGAUUUUUUUAGUUUUUUUUUUUUUUCAUAUCAGACUUUAAAUUUUCCGCGGUCAAUUGCAUGACUACACCGCGCCGUAUUUGUCGUACAAAAACAAAAUGGUCCUGAAAUAUCCAAUUGUACGUUCAGACAUAAAAUAUAUUUGUCAAAUAUAUACCAUUUAAUUAUAAUGUGUGCAUCCAUGAAUGUAGAAUUACUCUUUAAGGCAUUUGGAUUAUUUAGAAAUCUAUUUACUCAUUAUUUGCUGAUACGAAGCAAUAAUUAUUUCAUAUCGGAAAUUCGAAGCAUAAUCGAUAUUUCAACUUAUAACCGUCGUAAGUUUUUUUUUUUGUUUUUUUUUUUUCUUUACACAUAUCUA